AUGCAGUUUUGUAAAUCACAUCUUACAUCAAAGCCCUUGACAGUCUAUUCAGUCGGUAAACGAGCAUACGGUGAUCCAUAUGCUCGUUUACCGACUCAGGUGGUCCUGAUGGAUGACCAGUCACUGUCUCGGACUAUGGGGUCUGUGGUGCUCCAAGUGGGAGCUCUGGAGCUUCUUGCGAGGUAUUCCAUGAACUCCGGCAGAGCUACCAGCCUUCUGUCUUCUCUGCAUGAGUUCAGAACGCAAGAGAUGGAACUAGUUGGCGGAAAACAAUGGAAUUGGAAGUAUUUGAGGGAUCAGUUCGACCAAAAAGAUUUAGAAGGACUCUAUAGAAAAUAUGACGACAAACUAAGAGAAACACUCAUAUUUAUUUAUUUAUCUUUAUUAGUAUUAUUUUCAACCACACAUGUAGUUUUAGUAGUCGCAAGUACUUUUUCCGAGCAAAUACAGUCAACGUCAACAUAUUUAACUAUGGGCAUGUAUAUACUGAGGAUAGGUAUACCUAUAUUAACGUUAUGGAAAACGUGUUACUAUCCCAUGAAAAAGAAAUGUUUUUGGAUGCCAAUUCUUGUGACUUUCAUUGUCACUUUAGACCUUGUGAUUACAGAUAUCGCAGUCAGUAUCUACAGCUCCUUCGAGGGUAUCUCCCUAAGGCCGGCCUACUCAACCAUGGCCCUACUCUCUAACUACAUCUUCCUACCAAUGAGAAACAACUUCUUGGCAAUCAUCCUCGGUUUCCUCGUCAGCAUCAUCUACGUACUAAUAUUUGCCUUCUUCACUUACGAUCAGGAUCCUGAAAUCGCUAUAGUGAUUGCGUCAGACAUCAUCUACCUGAUAGGAGUUAAUCUGAUGGGAGUUUACUUUCGAUUGAUGAACGAAAUAGUCACAAGGCGAUCUUUUUUGGACAGGAGAGCAUGUGUCGAAAGCACUCUCAGACUUAAAUUCGUUAAAGAUCAAGAGGAACGCUUGAUGAUGAGCAUCUUACCAGAACACAUUGUGUCCAAAGUCCGCCAAGACAUCAGGAACAUGUUCAUGGGCCUGAAAACACGUUCACUUAGUCAGAAUAUGAAAUCUUUCAACCAGCUUUACGUGGAAGAACACGAUAAUGUGAGUAUUCUGUAUGCCGACGUUGUCAAUUACACAAUGAUAUCAACCACGUUGGCUCCAAUGAGGAUGGUAGAACUGUUGAAUGAACUGUUCGGGAGGUUCGACGAAGCUUCCGAGAAAUAUUUCCAAGAAGAAAUUAAAUUAGUUUUUAUUUCAGGAAUACGAUGUUUAAGAAUAAAAUUCUUGGGCGACUGUUACUAUUGCGUCAGUGGAAUCCCGAAGCCCACAGACCAGCACGCCAAGAAUUGCGUUGACCUUGGCUUGGAGAUGAUCCACAUAAUCAAAGACGUCAGGGAGAAGCGUUCGUUAAACAUUGAUAUGAGGAUCGGAGUCCACUCUGGGAAGAUCCUCAGUGGACUAAUUGGUAUCAGAAAAUGGCAGUUUGAUGUUUGGUCGAAAGAUGUUACAAUAGCUAACAAAAUGGAAUCUACUGGGAAGGCAGGAAAAGUUCACGUGACAAAACAAACUCUCGAAUUACUGCUGGAAUACGCUAGGGAAUACAUCAUUGAACCAAAUUUUGAAUCUCAGAAUGAUCCCUUCAUUGUUAAAAAUAAACUGGAAACCUAUCUGCUGUCGAGACCUUCAAGGUCUCUUGAAUACAGACCGUUCCGUCGAGCAUCAGUUGGCUUCAAUAAAAUAAUAACGAAAACUAACACGUCUACUAGACGAGCGGAAAAGAGGAACACUAAUAGUGUUCGUAGGACCACAACUUUUAUGGAUGAAAAUUUAGUAGAGUAUCAACAGAUGUUGAAAGCUGCUGAUGCUCAAAUGGCUAAAGAGAUUGAAGAUAUGACUCACGGCAGGUUUGAGGGCUUCAGUUGGUAUGCCUGGCUGUUACUCGGCGCUCUUCUAAUUGUCCUUAUUUUACUUCAACCCUUAACAUGGUUUCAAUUUCUCUGGACUAAACACAAUAGUUAUGAAGAACCUCGAAACAAAUUCCUGCGCUGGGUCUUCGACGUGUCUACUAAGAUCAUAAAAUCAGCUCAUAUAAGGACUGCGAUCUACUUAAUGAUAAGUAUCGGACUUGCUGCUACUUCUGUGGUGAACGUGAUUGCAUGCAGAGAAGUGCCGGUGCCUGCUGCUGAAAGUGUUCUCUCAAAUUGUAUAUCUUCGUGGCAUGUGACCCAGUGUUGGGGCUUGGCCUUGCUCUUGAACUUUCUGUUCAGUAGGGUUUUCUUUAUCUUCAAAUGGAUCAUCGCUGCCGUCAUGACCACCUUCUAUCUAUGGAUUGUAUGGGAGAUCAAAACCUCUCUUUUUAUCAAUGACGUGACUUGGAACGUAGGAUUGGACCCUAGAAUAUCUCACACUUUAGCUGUCGUCAUCAUAACAGUUACGCUGUACUGGAUUGAUAGAACUACUGAAUUUCGGAACAGAUUGGAUCAUUUGUGGCAGUUACAAUUGAGUGAAGAACAAAAUGAAGCAGAGACUAUGUUGAAAGUAAACAACAUGCUUCUAGAAAACAUUUUACCAGCUCACGUCGUUCAAGUUUACCUGAACUUAAACAGAUCUUUGGAUGAAUUGUAUUACGAAAAGUACGACAACGUGGCAGUAAUGUUUGCGUCUCUAACUGAUUACAAGUUGGGCAUAGAAGGCGAUGCAGAUAUGAGUGAUAAAUUCCUUUUGAGUAUCCUAGAUGAAAUCAUAUCCGAUUUUGAUAGACUAUUGCUUACAGGAGCUUCUGAGUAUAAAGUGGAAAAGAUUAAAAUGGCUGGAUGGACCUACAUGGCUGCCUGUGGGUUAGACCCAAAUAGAAGAGAAUCUAAAGACUCGUAUCCUAUUGGGUCUGGUUCUAUAGGUACACCUCCGAGUAAAGUACGGCAAAACAGCCCCUAUGGUCGAGCAGUAGUACUAACCAUGGUAGAAUUUGCUGCGGCAAUGAUGAUGCAAUUACAGAACUUUAACAGAGGAUCGUUUCAAAGCUUCGAGGGGCUGAACUUGCGAAUUGGUAUGUCAAACGGUGAGGUAGCUGCUGGUGUAGUGGGAUCACAAAAGCCACUAUACGACAUUUGGGGGCAUGCAGUAAACAUGGCGUCGAGAAUGGAUUCUACUGGCGAAUCUGGCAAGAUACAGGUGACAGAAAACACAGCUAUCAUUUUGGACGAAUGCGACAUCCUCACCACCUGUCGCGGUGAGACCUUCGUGAAAGGCGCCGGCUACGUAAAAACAUACUUCGUUCCUUUAGACGAAAACUUCAACCUGAUCAAGAAAAAGAACAGCAUGGACUUUUAUAGAAUCGAAGAUAGGAGCCGGUACUUCGCUGUAAAGGCUCAUAGAUAUAGUAAUACGUCAGACGAUUUGAGGAGAUAUUCUACUUUUGAUGUACGAAGGUUGUCCUUGAACAGUGACUGCACUGUGAGCAGUAUGGACACUGAACUGGCCAGAGCGCCCACCCCAAUAGAAGAUACCGAUAUUAAUAGUGUAUCGUCAGAAGUAAAAGAAACACGUUGCUGACGAAUAAUUAUAUUUUAGACUUUAAGUUAGCUUAGUUAAGUUCCGUUCUCAAAUAAUUUCAUCUGAUUUAUACCAAGAUUAUAAUCGCAGCCUUGUGAUCGGAAGAGUAUUGAUAUUGAAACGUAUUUUAGAGUAUUUAUUUUAAGUUAAAUAGAACAUGGAUUCAUUUCGUUGAAAUAAUUUCAACAACGUUGAUUUAAGGUGCUUAACUAUUAAGAAUUUUAGUGUAAGUGUAAGCCAUAUUUGUUUUAGUUGAG